UCUGUUUGGUGUGGGCCGUUAUUUUGUCUUCCUCAAGCUUCAAAUGAACAACAGGCUAAAAGCUGCGCAAAUGAAUUAAGUAUUAAGUCACGUAAAUGUGAUUUCGUCCGCUCUCGUCGCUCGCCGCCGACAUAGAUGGGGUUGCGGGGACAGUAGCUGGUUGUCUCGCAGGGCUGCGGGGUCCUCGCUCGGACUGAAGGCCGGGAGCAGGACGCGGAGUGACAGCCGGGGAGAGCAGCGUUGGUCCGGCUGGACGCACGGCCAGACUCCCGGGGAGCUGCGAGGCUCGGAGCACCGCCGGGUCCGUUCUCCUACUGCCGCCCUGCUCAGUCCACCGAGGGGAUGGCACACCUACGAGACAUGCAGAACCAGAACACCCGACUGGAUCCUGAGGAGUACUUCACCAAGCAGGAACGGAUCGGUAAAGGUUCUUUUGGAGAAGUUUACAAAGGAAUCAACAACCGGACCAAGGAAGUGGUGGCGAUUAAAAUAAUUGACCUAGAGGAGGCAGAGGAUGAGAUAGAAGACAUUCAACAGGAGAUCACAGUGCUGAGCCAGUGUGACAGUCCAUUUGUUACCAAGUAUUAUGGAUCAUACCUAAAGGGGACCAAACUGUGGAUUAUCAUGGAGUAUUUAGGUGGAGGAUCUGCUCUGGAUCUGCUCCGUCCAGGACCUCUUGAAGAGACUUACAUUGCUACUAUACUGAGGGAAAUACUAAAGGGGCUGGAGUAUCUGCAUUCUGAAAGGAAGAUUCACAGAGAUAUCAAAGCUGCCAAUGUGCUCUUGUCAGAGCAAGGUGACGUGAAGCUUGCAGAUUUUGGGGUAGCAGGACAGCUGACAGAUACUCAGAUCAAGAGGAACACAUUUGUUGGUACACCUUUCUGGAUGGCACCAGAGGUCAUCAAGCAGUCAGCCUAUGACUUCAAGGCUGAUAUCUGGUCUCUGGGAAUCACUGCCAUUGAACUGGCCAAAGGUGAACCUCCCAACUCCGAUCUACAUCCCAUGAGAGUCCUGUUCCUCAUACCCAAAAACACUCCACCAACAUUGGAGGGCCCGUACAGCAAACCAUUUAAAGAGUUUGUAGAAGCCUGUCUAAAUAAAGACCCUCGUUUUAGGCCCACCGCCAAAGAGCUCCUGAAGCACAAGUUCAUCACACGUUACACAAAGAAAACAGCCUAUUUAACAGAGCUGAUAGAUCGCUAUCGUCGCUGGAAAUCAGAGGGUCACGGCGAGGAAUCCAGCUCUGACGACUCAGAUAUGGAUGCUGACGGAGAUGUAGACCAGUGUCCCAUGUGGACCUUCCCCACAGUCAGGCCCAGCUCUAUGAACAAAUUACAGAAGGGCUACACACACACAGAUUCAGAGUUAGGAGACUCUAUGAAAAGACAACCCAAGUCACAGUGCUUGUCUGCUCUGGUAACACCCAUCUUCAGAGAGUUGAAGGACAAGCGGCGGGCCAGUGGCGGUGGAGUAGGAGCCAUCGAAGAACUGGAGAACGCCUUCAACCUAGCAGAAGAGUCCUGUCCGGGUAUUUCUGACCGACUCGUCACCCACAUGAUGGAGAGAGUGUGCAGGUUUUCUUUAAACGGUAACACUACUCCAUCUUCUCGGUGAAGAACCAACUGGAUAUCAUUCAAUCCAGCUCCAUUUUCUUUUCUUUUUUCCUUUCUUCCCGACCCGCCCGAGUCCUCAGACGAAAGAUCUAUGAUGAGCCCAUCCAUCCAUCCACCCCCACCAUCUUGUACCACUGCCACCCUUUGUCCCCUCAGAGAUCUUUUAAUUAGUUAACGACUAAAUAUUUUUACAGUUUGUCCUUUAAGAGCGGAGAGUAUUUAAGAGACAAAAAAAGCCAUGACAUUAAGAGCAUUGUGUAUACCUGUUAGAGUGAAAACUGCUAUAAUAAAGUCUAUAGAAA